GCCUUUUUUCCGUUUGCAUUCCUGCAAAAUACAGCAGUCGCUUUUCCCUUCGUUCUGGAAAAUCUCGAUCCGUUUCUGUAUUUUCUAGGGUUUCGACUUAGUAAAGCUCCGUAUAAUCCGUACUAUCCUCCUAUUCUUUGUGGGAUCGAGGUCCGCUGAUCUUCAAAAUGAAGCUCACCGUAAAGACUCUUAAAGGGAGCCACUUUGAAAUUAGGGUUCAACCUUCCGACACUAUUAUGGCGGUCAAGAAAAAUAUUGAAGAUGUACAAGGAAAAGAUAAUUACCCAUGUGGGCAGCAGUUAUUGAUUCACAAUGGCAAGGUUUUGAAAGAUGAAACUACAUUGGCAGAUAACAAAGUCACAGAGGAAGGUUUUCUUGUUGUCAUGCUUAGCAAGAGUAAGAAUUCUGGCUCAGGUGGAGCUUCAUCUGCUCAGCUCCCCUCUACGACUGCACCAGCUUCUAUUCCUACCAGUGCACCUGAUGCGCAACCACAAGCUUCUAAAACCAGCACUUCAUCAUCUGGCCCAGCAACAGCACCUCCGGCUCCGGCACCUGCACCUGCACCUGCACCUGCCAAUUCUGAUACAUAUGGCCAAGCUGCUUCCAGUGUAGUCACCAGUACUGGUGUUGAGCAGACUAUUCAACACAUAAUGGAUAUUGGUGGUGGCAGUUGGGACAAGGAAACUGUUACUCGUGCCCUUCAAGCUGCUUACAACAAUCCAGAGCGAGCAAUUGAUUACUUGUAUUCUGGUAUUCCAGAUACAGUAGAAGUUGCAGUCCCAGUGACUCAACUACCUGCAACUCAAGCUGGUAUUGCAAGUGCCACUGGUGUUGCACCGCUAUCUGGUGGACCUAAUGCAUCUCCCUUGAACUUGUUUCCUCAGGAAAUAACGUCAGGUGCUGCAGGAGGCAAUCUUGGAUCCCUUGACUUCCUUAGAAACAACCAGCAGUUCCAAGCAUUACGUUCUAUGGUACAAUCAAAUCCACAAAUACUACAGCCCAUGCUUCAGGAGCUGGGAAAGCAAAACCCUCAACUUUUAGGACUAAUCCAGGAGAAUCAUGCCGAGUUUCUUCAGUUAAUCAAUGAACCUGUCGAUGCUUCUGAAGGGGAUCUAUUUGAUCAACCAGAUCAGGAGAUGCCACAUGCUAUUAGUGUUACUCCAGCAGAACAGGAGGCCAUUGAACGGCUUGAGGCAAUGGGUUUUGAUAGAACCCUUGUUAUUGAGGCGUUCUUAGCCUGUGAUCGUAAUGAGGAAUUGGCAGCCAACUUCUUAUUGGAGAAUGCGGGUGAUUAUGAGGACUAAAUAGAUGACUCCUGAAAGAUGAUUUUGAGUUGGAGAUGAAUAUGGUUAUUUGGAGGUUUUGUGAAAGAAGCAGGAGAGGCCCGUUUUAGGUGGUGAUUUAUACAGGUUGGACGUUUAUUGUAUUGUCCAGGAAACUGAGGUUUUGUUUUCUUUUUCCCUUUUUUUUUGGUUGCACUUUUUAUUUAUUUAUAAAUUGAUGCUUCAUCCUGUCCCAAAUAUGAAGGGAUGAACAGGAUUUUGUUUGUGUGGGUUUUUUGGUGUUUGAUGAUGAUACUGCUAAUGUCCCAACUUCCAUUGUUUUCAAACAUGUUUGAUUCUGCU